GUGGUGCCCACAUUACUGAUAUCUCAUUAAAAGAAAUCGCUCAUCUGUGUUCGAACCUUCAACAUAUCCACUUGAUCGAUUGUGAAAAAGUGACGGAUUAUGGAAUUAGCAUUAUAGCCACCUCAUAUCCAAAUAUGCUUAGUUUUUCUUUUACAAAUGGAAACGGUUUAUAUGAUAAAUUUAAUAAUGAGGGUAUUUCCGAUGUUUCUGUUAAAAAAAUCGCUCAGUGUUGUCCCGAUCUCCAAUAUCUUAAUGCUAGUUGGAAUUGUAUAUCCGAUGAUUCCAUUUGUAUAAUAGUGCGAUCAUGCCCAAAUCUUGAACAACUUUAUCUUGAAGGUUGCAAUAUUACCGAUAUAACUAUGACUGCAUUAGCAAAUUUAUGUAAUCUCCAGAAGCUCGAUAUUGAGGAAUGCGACAGAAUUAGUAUCAAUGCAAUUAUAACAUUGCAAAAUAAAAAUCCUGCUCUUGAUAUUGUCGGUUGGUAUCCAGAUACGAAUAGUGAGUCAGCGUGA